CGGUGCUGUGUGUUUUGGACCUGUUCCUAUCUGUACAGAUGAGCCAGCAAGCCACAGUUUUGGACAUGAUGCCGAAUACAUUUGAUGACCAGUACAUCGGCAGUGCAGAAGAGAUGGAGAAGGAGAUGCCAAAAAUACUAGCGGAAGAGCUGAAAUACGACGAGUUCUCCGUAAUGUGGAAUAACGCUAGCGAGGUCUGGAACAACACAGGGAACAGGAAAGGUUUAAACCUUCCAAGUGAUUUUGAUGACAAGUACGGCAUAGCGGUUGUGUUGUACACAAUGGAAGAGCCGUAUCCCAUCUACAGUCAGCUGAACAGAAAAAUUUAAAUCGCGGGAAAGUCUAGAGAUUUCUACAUGAACAAUUUCCAUUUUAAAGCUCUUCACUUUUACCUGACCCGAGCCUUACAGGUGCUGAGAACAGGCUGCGCCAAGGAGUCUCGGGUCUACAGGGGGGGGGCGAAGAUUGGUGCUGUAAGUGUUGCUAAACAAUUGCGAUUCGAUCGGUUUACAUCUUCAUCUAAAAACAUAAAAACUGCUGAAGGUUUUGGGAAGAACCCAUUUUUCAUCAUAUCUACUUGCUAUGGUGUGGACAUCAACGACUUAUCAGAGUUUGAGGAAGAAGAAUUCCUUAUUCCUGUUGGAGAAACAUUCAAUAUGAUCAAGCAGACUGGAACCACGUAUGAGCUGAAGAGCACCGGCCAACUCUGCAGCUAUUUCAACUGUGCUUACUUAGGAGGUGAGAGCAACAUCCCACUAUAUAUCCGCCUCUCCACAUGCCUUCCAUUCUUCAAAAAUGUUCCAGAUCAGUGGCUGCCGAGCGGUGGAGUUCCAUGA